AAUUUUCCUCUUUAUACACUUCAACUAGUAGCUUCAUCGCCAAAUUUUCGACAGUCGAGCCACCUAUCAGUGGCAGAUACGAAGUACAACAAGUAAAGCCGAGCCUCACUAGCGAAGUGACGUAAGCAUCGGGCCAGGGCUGAAAACAGUGAGAGUUUGUCUUUAAAAGACAGACCAAAUCUAGUAUCUCUUGUUCGGAUAUAUAUAUAUAUAUAUAUUAUUUCUGCCUGCCGUGUCUAAAAUUCCAGAAACCUACUCCUCAAAAUAUGCUCACUCGCCAUCUCACAGGGUUUGGGAAAGCAAAGUAAAUUAAACAAGAUGCAGCAGCCACCGCAAAUGAUUCCUAUGAUGGCUUCAUUUCCACCAACAAACAUCACCACUGAGCAGAUCCAAGGGUACCUUGAUGAAAACAAAAGGUUGAUUUUGGCGAUAUGGGACAACCAAAACCUUGGAAAACUUGCUGAAUGUGCCCAGUAUCAAACCCAGCUGCAGAAGAAUUUGAUGUAUUUGGCUGCAAUUGCUGAUGCACAACCACAGACACCAGCAAUGCCUCCUCAGAUGGCCCCGCAUCUUGCAAUGCAACAAGGAACAUAUUACAUGCAACAUCCUCAGGCAGCAGCAAUGGCUCAGCAAGCAGGUAUUUUCCCCCCGAAGAUGCCAUUACAAUUCAAUGCUGUACAUCACAUGCAGGAUCCUCAGUUGUUACACCAGCAAGCCAUUCAAGGGCAAAUGGGAAUUAGACCUAUAGGGGCUAACAAUGGCACGCAUCCCAUGCAUGCCGAGAUUGCUCUUGGAAGUAGUGGCCCUUCUGCAAGUGCUGGCACAAAUGACAUGUGUGGGGGAAGCAAACAACAUGCCUCCGAGGCUGGCACAACUGGUGCUGAUGGCCAGGGGGGUUCUGCUGCCAGGCAUAAUGGUGAUGAUGGCUCUGAGGAUGCAAAAUGAUGUGGCUUCCUGAGGGAUUCUGUGCAAAUCCCUUUGGCUGUUGAUAGUAGGCACCCCUUAUUGCAGAACUGGUAUUGUUCUGUUGAUCUAUGUUAGUUUGAGUAAAGAGUUGACAUUUUAUGUUUCCCUUAGUGUUGACAAGUUAGGUAGGUAAAUCACAAGGUCUUGGUAUGCCAAUGAAUCAAAAUCAAAACACGGGUGAGACAGAGGCUGUUGUAGUUUGUGUAGAAGGAAGAGAUGGAAGCUUGUGUUCUCUCAUUGAUGUCUGUCUCUAGUUGUACGUCCGUCAUUUUGUAACAACUUGAAGAUGAUGCUUGGUAUUGUAGAAUCUUGGUCUCAUAGGGUCAUCGUUUCGAGCUAGUUUUGAAUGGCACAAUUUUCCAGAAUUGCUAACUGGGCCAUAGAA